AUGCUGGAGGUCACGAUGGACAUUUAUUCGAUAUUCAUGAUCCAUUUUGAGAGACAUUUGUGGACACAUUAUGGUACCCUCCCGAUUUGGCUGUGUAGUCCUUCAAAUCAGGCUUGUGAGCCAGUUCGGCAUUUUUUCUAUUAGUCGGAAAAAUUGACUAUGUCAGAGGUUCGAGAAUUAGAAAAUAUUUGAUCGUGUUAAAGUUCAUGCCGUGUUCAAUUUGAUUCCGCGAAAUGCAAAAUGAUCUCUGACUCUCCAAAAUCUAGUGAUCUUUUCCUUUCUCUAACGGGUAUUUUGCAUUUCGCGGAAUCAAAUUAAACACGGCAUCAGUUCAAAUUGGUUGAAGUUUACACUUGAAAUGAUUUCGAAUAUUCUGGAAAAUUUCAUCAUGAAAAUAAGAAAAAGUUUACGUUGUUAAGAUUCAGACUCAAGUUGAACAAAAGUAAUAGUGGCGAUUAAAAUUUUGUGCAGUAAUCAGGCUUGUCCCGGGUGACCUUUGAAGUCUUCUCUAUCACGUGUUUUUAUUUUAUUUUGAACGUUACUGUUCAGAGAACCCUUUUCAGAGCAAUUUCUCGUAAUUAAAAUCUCUUCAGAUAACUAUUUAUUCAAAAUUUCAAAUUCGUUGAUUGAAUUACUUUACUUUUUUUGGACAAAAAAAUAUACAUAAAAAAACGCAUAUCUUUUAUCUCCCCGAACUGGCCACUUCUAGAUUGUUAAUAGAGCGCACUUUUCGCAUGCCUAUUCGCUGUGCUCAAAAAUUUUUUUAAUUUUUUUAUGAUGCUAUGCAUUUUAUCUGUUUUUAAGAGAAAAACAAAUUCGCUGUUUUUUUUCUUUAUUUUUUUUCACUGUUACAUAAGAUUUACAAAAAGCACUUUUAUGUGUCUAGAAAUAAGUUGAUUCGUUUUCAAGAAACAAACAGAUAUAUCUUUUUUUUCAAUUUUUUUGGAGCCGAAACUUAUGUGCUCAUCCAAUCGCAUUUUUUCUUCUUGAUUUAUUUAUGAUCGAAAAUAACAAUUAUCAUGCAACUUUUUAAGGUGAUGCGGAAAAACGAAACAGAAGGACUCAAAACUGAUAACUUAGAAAACUUGAAGGAAGGGGACACUUUUAUUGAUUCUACAACUGGAACCCGAUACAGAGUAAAGAAAACUAUUUUGCCGCAUUAUUCAUCUUCUGGACCACACGGCCUAGGUAUGCGUUUUAUUAUUUUUUGCUGAGAGUUAAAAGUUUGAAUGAAAUUUUUUAGGAGAUCCAGAAGACCGAACAUUGCGGAAAAUCGAAGCGGAUGUGAUCAUCCCAAACAGAAUGAACACUCAAAUUGAGCGAGUGGAAUGUAACUCGAGUUAUCUAGGUUGGUCCUAAUGGUGUAUUUAAACAUAGUAUGUGGUGGCCUACGAGUUUUCAAAAAAAGUUCGAUUGGAAAAAAAAAAAUGAUUUUCAAACCAAUAAUCGAAAAAGUCACGUCACAGGCAAAGUCCAAACGACCUUAAAAAGGCCGUGAAAAGAAGAGGCUAAAGCUCCUUUUUGAGUUCCUAAAAGGUGUCAAAAAUUUCUCGGAAUCUCCUUUUUUUCCGCCUUAUUUUUUUUAGAACUCCUUAAAAGGUCCUUUUCAGAAAAAGGUCUAGAAAAAAAGGCGCUUUUGAGGCCUUUUUUCCAAAAGUCCUUUUUGAGACCUUCUGGACUUUGCCCGUGAUCGUCCGCGAAAUUCACAAUAGCCGUCAGAAAGUCAAAAAGACAACUAAAUUUGGAUAGUGAGAGAUGAUUUUUGAUUUCGCGGGAUAUCAUUUUACAACGGCUAGCCGUUGUAGCCGCGGCUGCAAAAAGUUAUUUGAUCUGUGAGUAUCUUAGAGAAAGUUUCAUUCGAAAUUAUUUGAAAUGAAGAUGUGUGAAUUUUUGUAUUCUCUAAAAGUUUGAGAAGAUUUAAUUUACGUAGGCCAUUAUUUUUUGAAUUUCGAUUGAAUUUUCAAACCUUAUCAAAAUAUACACUUGCAUGUCUUUUUAUACGCAGAAAAAAAGCGAAAAAAAAUUCGAAUGGAAGGUUUUUUCAGACCUCGUCAAGUGUUUUCGAAAUGAUGGAGCUGUCGCCGGUCUCAACACUUGUAAACCAGCUUUGGAAAUUUACAACCGAUGCAAAUUCGAAAAGUUAGUUGAGUAAGUUUAUUUACCAAAAGGAAAAGGUAACUUUAGGUUUCACGACCCCGAGUUUCGUUCAAGAAUGACAGACGAAUAUUUGGCAGAACGGUCUGAAGCUCGAAGAACUGGAAUGACGUCACAGCAGAGAAAGCUCGAGGAAUACCGAGAAUGGAAGAGAAAAAACAACACUGCUUCGGAAAAAUGA